CAGUUGCUUCUGAAGCAUCUGAGAUUAUCGAUAAGCUCCUAGACCAGACACCAUGGUUCAUUUCACAGCUGAGGAUAAGGCUGCUAUCACAAGCAUGUGGAGAAAAGUGAAUGUGGAAGAAUCUGGAGGAGAAACCUUGGGAAGGCUCCUGGUUGUCUAUCCCUGGACCCAGAGGUUCUUUGACAGCUUUGGAAACCUGUCCUCUGCCUCUGCCAUCAUGGGUAACCCCAAGGUCAAGGCCCAUGGCAAGAAGGUUCUGACUUCCUUGGGAGACGCUUUAAGGGACAUAGAUGACCUCAAGGGUGCCUUUUCCCAGCUGAGUGAGCUGCAUUGUGAAAGGCUGCAUGUGGAUCCUGAGAACUUCAGGCUCCUGGGAAACAUGCUUGUGAUUAUUCUGGCAAAACAUUUUGGCAAGGAAUUCACCCCCCAGAUGCAGGCUUCCUGGCAGAAGAUGGUGGCUGGAGUGGCCAGCGCUCUGGCCCACAAGUAUCACUGAACCUCCCACCCAUAGUGCAGAAGAUUCAGAGAGAA